ACACACCACGACAUCAUCAUGUCGGUAUGUCGGCCAUGCGUGCGGCGUGUGCUGUCGAUGCAGAAGAGACAGCACAGUACGAGUCGCGACUACAAGUCGGCAGUGGCCGCACUCAAUGGCCUGCAGAGCAACUUUGCCAUUGUCGAGGCCAUCAGGAAGGCCGGACCUGGAGGGAACAAGCGGGCCAUUCCAGACAUGCUCUCGUGGCUGCGGCGCAUCGGAUAUGAGCCCACCGACCUUGACACUCUCAAUCCCGUCCACAUCGCUGGUACCAAAGGCAAAGGCUCCACCUCGUCCUUCAUAUCGUCCAUCUUGGCCCAGUAUCUGCCGUCCAAGAAGAGCAUAUAUGCUGAGCGUGUGCCUUCGACGGUAGGACUGUAUACCUCUCCGCACUUACGAUUUGUGCGGGAGCGCAUCAAGAUCAACAAUCAACCAAUCUCGGAAGAGCUGUUCGCAGAAUGUUUCUGGGAGUUGUGGGACAGGCUUGAAGCUACAAAAUCAGACGCAACAGAUCAGGAUGCAAGGAGCAUGGACGGUAAACCUGUAUACUUUCACUACUUGACGCUCAUGGCGUUUCAUUGCUACAUGCAGCAACAGGUAGGCACAGCCGUCAUUGAGUGCGGUAUCGGCGGCGAAUACGACACGACAAAUCUGUUUGUCGAGCCCGCAGUUACUGGGAUCACGAGUCUGGGUAUCGACCACGAAGCGUUGCUCGGCAACACGAUCGAGGAUAUUGCAUGGCACAAGGCGGGGAUUUUCAAAGAGGAUGUGCCGGCCUUUACCGUUGAACAGCCAGCGAGUGCCCUAAAAGUCCUGCACGAACGCGCGAAAGAGCGCAAGACAGAGCUAUAUGUUGUGCCGGUGCACGCUGCGAUCGACUCAAUCGAACUUGGUCUGCAAGGCCACUUCCAAAAGCUGAAUGCUUCCCUCGCCAUUGCUGUUUCAGCACUGCAUCUUGCACGGCUCGGGUUCAGUGGCCUUCCAAAUUUUUACGACUCGAACGCUCAACUGCCAGCGGAAUUUAUCAAAGGCCUGGAAGAGACAAGCCUUGGUGGUCGUUGCGACUUGCGUCCCGAUACCACUAAGCCAAACGUAACGUGGUACAUCGACGGAGGCCACACCCUAGAGAGCAUUGAUGUUGCUGGUCGCUGGUUCGCGUCCAAGACUGCCAAUACAUCUGCAACUGAUGCCCAUCGCAUACUUCUGUUCAAUCAGCAGACGCGUGAUGCAUCCUCUCUCGCCCAACACCUGCAUGAAACACUGGCUACAGCAGUCAAGGACAAUCACCCAUUCAAGCACGCUAUCUUCUGUCCGAACACAACGUACAGGAAUGCUGGUUACAAGGCUGAUCUGGUAUCGAUUAACACAAACAAGGACGACGUGAGCAGUCUGCGCGUUCAGAAUGAAUUGGCAAAGAGCUGGGACAGGAUUGAUCCACACGCCCAAGUGCAUGUUGUCAGCACCAUUGAAGAAGCUGUACAUAAAGCACGUGAACUCGCGAACAGUGACAAGACUGAUGUCCUAGCUACGGGAAGUCUCCAUCUGGUUGGAGGACUCAUCGAGGUGCUCGAAGACGAAGCUGAAACAUUUGCUGCUAAGCUUUAGUGUCCAACGCAACCACGUUAGCGGCCCUCGCAGCAUGCAUCUACCCUUUUGGGCAAAGUUCUGCUACGGGCCCAUUGGAUUCCCCAUAUGUUUGCGAUGGAGUCACCAAAUGCACUUGCUGGCGUGCAUGACGACAGCCUCCUGUGGCCAUUCGCACGGCGCACGCCACGAAGACGGGCCAAGUACUAUACCCCCACAACCAUUCUCUCUGACACCGCGGGCCAAGUGCAGUGGCGAUGCCCAGUCCGAAAGACCAAAUGACCGACGCCGAUGUCCACAAUACCGCUACGGAUGCGGCCAAUCCUGCCCGCAAUGCAAUUUAGAUCGCCAUCUUCUGAAUAGAUUACUCUAAAUGAACGCGAUCGCGCUCUCCACCUUAUACCAGCAUCACCUU